CUACAAACAAUCUAGUCUCCUUAAUAAAAGAGGGUUUAGUAAAAGUUAUUAGAGUGUUAAAAUUGUAAAAAACGGUAAAAAUGUGAAAGUGUAUAGAGAUUUAUGUUCCGUUUUUCAGACCGCCCAUACAAAACCCCGACGAACAAACCACCCCGCCAUAGCUCUUUCUCCGCAAAAUUCAAACUUUUCCGAUCAGGUCCUUCAGCUUAAUCUUAACUAAAAAAACAUUAAUUUCUCUGUUCUUGUACUUAUGAAUGUGCCUGUAAGGCUGUAACCUUGUUUGCCAGCACCAUGGUGAAUUGAUUAGGUUUCUGUUGCCAUUGUUGUGAUUUCAAGAAGUUUUCAUAUCCCGUAAUAUGCUUGAGGAUUAUAUUGUGUUUUUUUUUUCCCCCUUUUUUGCUUCAAGGAUAUGAUUUGUGGUUCUGCCUCCGGAAAUUUUCUUAAUUGAUUGAGUUAGGGAUUGUCCUGUAUUACUUCCAUAGUUAUGUUCUGAAUUUGGGGUUUCAAUAGGAAAGCUUCCGAAUUGCUGAACUUGGGGCCGUCAAGUUGUAUGGAAUCGAGUGCUUCUCAAUUUCAGUCACAGAAUAUCAGUGAUAUCGAAAAUGCUGCUCAGACUGCUGUGCUACAUGAGCAAGAAAUAGCCACUCAGCAGAUUAUACAGAGCCAGAGAGAAUCGAGGUCUACAAAUGGAAGUUUUGAUGACCAUCCGGACAUCCUUGCUGGGCGCCGUGACCCAAAUGCUUUAAAGGAACAUUUAUUGAAAUUAACUAACGAACAUCGUAGUCAAACGGCAUUAAAGCGUGGAACAUCGAACACUCCUGGAGAAGGUCAUCUUGAAAUUGGAAAUGGAUAUGGUGUUCCAGGUGGAGGUGCUUACUACGGUGCUUCUAAUCCCAACAUCACUCCCUCAACGAAUGAAACAACUGGUCCAGAAACAAACCAAAGCAAAACCGAGCAUACUGGUGAAUCUAGAGAGUUGCCUGAAUAUCUUAAGCAGAAGUUGAGAGCCAGGGGUAUCUUGAAAGAUGAUCCUACUACGAAAAGCCAAGCUGCAUCUGAUAAUAAUGCAGGAUCUGUUUUGCAUCAGACCAUGGGAAUUGGGAGUCUGCCUCCGGGAUGGAUCGAGUCGAGAGAUCCUGCAAGUGGUGUUUUAUACUAUUACAAUCAACAAUCUGGGAGAAGCCAAUGGGAAAGACCAAGUGAUUCUGUUUCAGUCUUGCCAUCACCACUGUAUCCACAGCUUCCAGAACACUGGCAAGAGGCACUUGAUGAAUCAUCUGGUCAAAAAUAUUACUAUAAUAAGAUGACGAAUGCAUCUCAGUGGGAGCAUCCUGGCACAUCACAGCAGAUCCCCCCUCAAACUGUGAAUGAUGACUUAUCGAUAUCGAAGAAGUGCCUAGGAUGUGGUGGAUGGGGUUUAGGUCUUGUGCAAACAUGGGGUUAUUGCAAACAUUGCACCCGGACUCUGAACCUUCCUCAAAGCCAAUACUUGGAAGUUCGGAUGGAGAAUAAACAGCAAAAUUUUAAUGCUCCAAAUACUGCAGAAAUUCAAGAUAAAAAAUUUUCCAAGCCAAAGUCCAACACGAAACCCCCAAUGGGCAGGGGACAUAAGAAAGAGUCAAGGAAACGUUCAUACUCAGAGGAUGAUGAAUUAGAUCCCAUGGAUCCAAGCUCUUAUUCAGAUGCGCCUCGUGGUGGUUGGGUUGUUGGUCUGAAAGGCGUGCAGCCACGGGCAGCAGAUACAACUGCAACGGGUCCUCUCUUUCAGCAGCGUCCAUAUCCAUCGCCCGGAGCAGUUCUUAGGAAAAAUGCAGAGAUUGCUUCGCAGAAGAAAAAGCAUAACUCCAAUUAUGCACCCAUUUCUAAGAGAGGUGACGGAAGUGAUGGACUAGGUGACGCCGACUAAGCUAGCCGGAGCAUGUAUCAAGCAUGGACUUGGUUUUUAUGUUGUACACUUGUAUCAAGCAUGGACUUGGUUUUUAUGUUGCACACUCUUUCGAAAAUGGUCGAUGAGAACAAUGUUCCUCAGUAUUGAAGUCCAUUGCUAUUUUUGGGGUUUAAUUUUUUCUUUUUCUUUUUUUUUUUUUGAGAGAAGGGUUUAAUUUUUUCUUUGUAGUACAUGAUUCAUUAGUAUAGGUUAUUUCAUAAUCGUUUGUCAAAAUCGAGUUGUAUAGUUGAUUUCAUCGUAGAUUUUACAUUUGUGGGUUGUUCAUCAUAGUGCUUUAGUUUUUUAUUUUGCUCAAAAAGAAUUAUGACUUUUAUAAUCUUAUAAUGUGUAUUAAAAUAUCUAUUUCCUGUGACAGAAAAAUAAUUCUUAUCAGAAAC